AUGUCGAAUCAAAUCGAAGAAGGGCAGGUCGCCGCAGGCACUGAGCAAAAUGAAAACCGAUCAACCUUGUAUAGGAUCUGGACGAAUUCUUGGUUCCAGAUCAUCUUGAUGAGUUUCAUCUGUUUCUGUUGUCCUGGAAUGUACAAUGCCCUCAGUGGUCUUGGAGGUUCCGGUCAAGUUGACCAGAGCAUCGCUGCAAAUGCAAGUGUAGCUCUUCUGUCUUGUACUGCGGGAACUGCUCUGUUCAUCGUCGGCCCUAUCUUCGAUCGUGUUGGACCUAGAGUUUGUCUCUUGCUUGGAGGAUGGACCUACGCAUUGUAUUCCGGCAGUCUUCUAUGUUUCAACGCAACUAGCAACGGCGGCUUCGUUAUUGCCUCGGGUGCCAUUCUCGGUGUGGGCGCCUCGUUCCUCUGGGUGGCACAGGGUGCGAUCAUGACAACCUAUGUUCCCGAGUCACAAAAGGGUCGUGCAAUCGCAGCCUUCUGGAUUAUCUUCAACCUCGGCGGUGGUGUUGGAUCUCUCGCUAGUUUCGGCCUUAACUUCAAGUCGAAGAGCGGCACUGUCAGCGACGCAACAUACAUUGCCUUGCUGGUCAUUAUGGCCUUCGGGUGGCUGUUGGGAGCUCUCAUUUGUCCCCCGUCGUAUGUUAGAGUUGCUCAGUUGCAGGUCACGCCGGAGAGCGAGAAGAACUUCCGUCAUAUUUUGCGCCACUCCCUGCAGACCAUCUGCAACUGGCGAGUGUUGUGCAUGCUGCCCCUCUUCUUCUCGGCUAAUGUGUUCUACUCCUACCAGCAGAAUGCUGUGAACGGUAUGAACUUCAACAUCCGGACGCGUUCGCUCAACGGUUCGCUGUAUUGGAUUGCGCAGAUGCUGGGUGGUCUCAUCAUGGGUCUCAUUCUCGAUACUCCAGGUGUCAGCCGACCCAAUCGCGCUCGCAUCGGUUGGGUGUUCUUGUUCGUCACUGGAAUGGCCAUCUGGGGAGGUGGUUAUAAGUUCCAACUGUGGUCUGAUGAGCGCCUGGAGCACGGCCUCAAGCAGGAUAUUGAUUACACUGACUCCAACAUCUCAGUGGGUCCGAUGUUCCUCUAUAUCUUCUAUGGCGCUUAUGAUGCUUUGUGGCAAUCAUUCUGCUACUGGCUCAUGGGUGCUCAGUCCAAUUCCCCGGCCGCAGCAGCUGUUCUGGUCGGAGCGUACAAAACCUUCCAGAGCACUGGAGGUGCAAUGGCGUGGCGCAUCAAUGCCAUGGGGAAGCCUGCGAUGACCCAAUUUGCUAUGAAUUGGGGACUCUGCAUGGGCUCGUUGGUUAUCGCCAUCCCGACCGUCCUAGCCGUCACUAUGACCAGUGAUGUAGAAACGCUAACAGUCGAUGAGAAGCAAUUCCCAGAAAAGGAGGAGUCCCGGGACGUGAAGUCUUGA